CCUACAGAUACAGUACAUUUGUAAUACACAUUCGGUUUUAGCCGAGUGUUACCGAUUAGUUCGUUUGCGAAUAGAGGGGAUGAAUUGAAAUGAAAGUAGAGGGGGGUAAGAGAAUAACGCGAUUGACGAAUCGAGUGCUGCGAAUGGUUCGAUCUGCAUAGAAAGAAUUUUGUUUAUUCUUUUCUCUUUUUCUACCGCAAAUAACGCUCUUUUUCAUCUUUAUUUUGUUAAACAAUAAGACCGCUCCAAAAUUUGAAUUGUACCGGUAAAAAAUUGCAUUUAUCCUAAUAAUAACAUUUACUUUACAUUAAUAAGUUACUUGUUUUAAGCCCUGCUGUGAUCAUGUCAGUUAUUCAAAAGCCAUUACUGUAUUCAUAUUGGAGAAGUUCAUGCUCUUGGAGAGUUAGAAUAGCUCUAAAUCUAAAAGAAAUUCCUUACGACAUAAAACCUGUAUCGUUAAUAAAAGCUGGUGGAGAGCAACAUUCAAAUGAGUUUAGAGAUGUAAACCCUAUGGAGCAAGUUCCUGCACUGCACAUUGAUGGAGUCACACUUGUAGAAUCACUUAACAUUAUGCAUUAUUUAGAAGAAACACGUCCUCAAAGACCAUUACUGCCUCAUGACUUUGUCAAACGAGCUAAAGUGAGAGAAGUUUGUGAAAUUAUUGCAUCUGGAAUUCAGCCUUUACAAAAUCUUGUAGUCCUCAUUUACGUUGGUGAAGAAAAAAAGAAAGAAUGGGCGCAACAUUGGAUCAAUAGAGGCUUUCGUGCAGUUGAAAAGCUUUUGUCCCAAACAGCUGGAAAGUACUGUGUUGGGGACGAAAUCACUCUGGCAGACUGUUGUUUGAUACCGCAAGUUUUUAAUGCCAGAAGAUUUCACGUCGAUCUUAGACCAUAUCCUACAAUCCAGAGGAUCGAUCGAGAACUCGAAAACCAUCCAGCUUUUAGGGCUGCUCACCCAAGCAAUCAACCUGAUUGUCCUCCAGAGGCAACCAAGUAAAACUGCGUUCAUUGAAUAGUUUUUUUGUCUUUUACCACUAUUUUUUGAAUAACAAAACCCAAAAGCAAAAAUAUCGGUCAGGAAAAAAAAGUAAUAUCUACUAUAAUUAAUGAAUGGGUGAAUAUAGACCAUCUAAAAAAAAUCUUCAACUUUAAUUAUUGUUACAUCACUAAUUUUUUAACCCUGUAUAUGGAGUAUCCCACGAUCUGAGUAAAAGUGUUCAAUAGAGAGCAAAAAACAGAAAUUUUAAAGUUUGCAUAAAGUUGUUAAUUUGGACAUUCUUUCCAAAUUUAUUUUAAAAUCGUAAUUUCUUUGUCUUCUUUUAAAACAAAUGCUUCAUACUCUUAUUAGUAUUUAAUUACAGAUGUUGUUUUAUUUACAGAUUAAUUGAAAAAUCUAUUAUAGAUUAGAUACAUAACAGAUGAGUUAUUAGUAUUUAAUUGAAAAAGUUAUCAGAAAUCUGUAAAUUUAGAUAUAUGAUUCGGUGGGAUCUCUAAAAACAACCCCUUAACAUCAUUUCUUUUAUUUCGCCAUUUGCUUUUAUUUCUUGAGUACCAGCGAUUUUAACAAAUUUAAGUGUUAUGCUUAAUAUCUUAAACUUUUAUCAGUAACAUCCUUAAAUGUAAUAUAUAUAUACAAUUACACAAAAAAAAUGUAGUUGAUAAUCCAGUUUUAAAUUUUAUGCAAACUUUUUCGUUCGUUCUCAUUUUUAUAUAUUUUACUCUAAAGACGUUGUGGGUGUAGCCAUGUACAUACCAUAUAUUUGUAAGUUUAUCUCGCUUUAGAUAUGUAUAUUUUUAUUGUGUGCAUGUGUAACUUUUAUUCUGACGUUUAAAUGUCGGUGCUCCAUUUAUUUUCGUUGACAAAUGCGAAAUGCUCAAAAACUUUUUUAACAUUCUAUUACUUUUAGCUAGUUAUUUUAGUCAAAAAUAGCUGUAUUUCUGAAAUUUCAGCAUCUAUCAAAUUUGUGUCAGUGUUAUAAUUAUAGUACAAAGAUUAAUUUUUUAUCUUUAAGGCUUCUGCAUAGUAAUCGUAAGAACGCUUACGUGCUUUCUUUUUGGUAUGUACGUAGUAUACUUUUCCGUUGCAUUUAUAAAAAAAAUUUAUCCUUUGUUACCAUAAUUUUAUAGGCUACUUUCUAUGUGUUAAAUUUUUAUAUUCGUCAAUAAAAUAUUCUUAUAAAUAACA